AUGAAAACAGCAGUGAUUCUUUUGUCUUUGGUCGUAUACGCUUCCACGGCGACGCUUCCACAAAUCUCAUAUGAUUCCUCUCCCUAUGGCUACUUAACUAAGUAUGGUAUUCCCGAGGCUGAUAGGAUCAGAGAAGCCGAAGAAAAAAUCCUAAGUGGAAGCCGAAUCACUGGUGGCUCCCCAGCUGCUCUUGGACAAUUUAAAUACCAGGCUGGACUCUUAUCUGAAAUCAUCGGUAUCCCAUCUGAUCGAAGAGGUGUAUGUGGUGCGUCCCUCAUAAGCGCUAACCGCCUCGUAACAGCAGCUCAUUGCUGGUUCGAUGGCCGAAACCAAGCCUCUAGAUUGACCGUCGUUCUUGGUUCUAACUUCCUCAACUUUGGAGGUACAAGGAUUCAGACAAGUGAUGUUGUUGUACAUCCGCUAUGGUUUCCUCUACUGGUUCGCAAUGACAUUGCUCUCAUCCGCCUGGCGAAUAAUGUACUAUUCUCGGACACUAUUGGACCUAUCGCUUUACCUACUGGAGCUCUUACCAGCCAAACAUUCGAAGGUGAAGCAGGAGUUGCAUCUGGUUUCGGGAUCACCGCUGAUGGUGGUGGUAUCGCCAACAACCAGUUCUUGAGCUACGUUUCAAUGAACAUUCUUUCCCAUGCUCAAUGCGUGCAGGCAUUCCCAUUGCAGGCAUCAACUGCCACGCUUUGUACACAAACCACCGGUGGAACCAGUACCUGCCGAGGUGACUCUGGUGGUCCCCUUGUGGUACAAAGGGAUAAUAACCCUGUAUUGGUUGGUAUUACUUCGUUCGGAAUUGCUUUUGGUUGUACAAUUGGCUACCCCGCGGCCUUCGUUAGGGUGACGUCUUACGUAAAUUUCAUAAACGAAAAUUUGUAAUUUCUAUAUAAGUUUUAAUAAAAUGCCUAAUGACUGAA